CGCGUCUGUCUCCCGCACCUCACCAUCCACCUCUCGCCACACUGCAGCUCUCCUCUCCUCUGUCUCUUCGUCUGCCUGGGUGCGUUAAUCCCUUUACUGGUCGACAUACGAAAGCACAACAACAACAACACUUGUUCUCCUUGAACAUCUGGUGAUCUAAUCCGGUCAACACACCGCCUGUUUUGCUACCCAAGUGAUGGGCCAGGCGGCAACACGCGAAGCCGGAGCUCGAGGCGAAGCACCGGCCACCACCACCACCACCGGCGGCGGCGGCGGCGGCGCGGCGGAAGUAACCAUCGCGGCAGCGGCAGCAGCGGCAGCUUCGUCUCCCGUUCUCCCUCUGGCGACUUCUUCUUCCAGCACCAGCACCAGCAGCGAGGAGGAAGAGAAUAACAUGGCAGCGGCAGCUGCAGCGAAAACCCCUUGCAGGGUGACCUUGCGUGAGAGCCUUGCCAAGAUGAGGUGGACGGCCAGCUCCCUUGAUUCCCUCAGAAGCGCGGAGGAGAGACUUUUUUCCGCCUUGAACCUGAACGUCUUCGACGCCGACAUCGGGAGCGAACAGCACAUCCACACUGUUGAAGGCGGCAAAGGGAAGUCAGAGAUCCCGGUGGUCCUCUGCCACGGGUACGGCAUGGGGGUCGGCGGGUGGCACCUUAACCUGGGCGAGCUGACGGCGUCGACGCACGUGAUGGCCAAGGACUGGCUGGGGUGCGGCCUGUCUUCGAGGCCCCGGUGGGACCUGGAGGGAGUUAAGGAGACGGAGGCGUUCUUUGUGGACUCUCUGGAAAGAUGGCGGCAGGCGAACGAGGUGGACAAGAUGGUGCUGUGCGGCCACUCGCUCGGGGGAUACCUGUCCGUCUGCUACGCGGAGAAGUACCCGCAGCGCAUCGACAAGCUGGUCUUGGCCAGUCCGGUCGGGUUUCCUGAAGAGCCGGAGGGAUUCAGGGAGGCUAUCGAGUCGAGACCGUUCGCCCAGAGAAACCUCAUGAAGUUUGUGGGGUGGGGCUGGGCGAAAGGAAUCACACCCGGCGACGUUGUCCGCACCAUGGGCCCUCUGGGAUACCGCAUGAUGAUGGGUUACUCCAACCGACGGUUUCAGCAGGCGGAGUUUGACAAGCGAGCGCUUGGCGACUACCUGUACCACAACUUGGCGGCUACCCACGGCAGCGGGGAGCGAGCGCUCAGCCGCGUCCUCAAGCCGGGGGCGUGGGCCCACUCCCCCCUCAAGCACCGCCUCCCCAAGCUAGACCCGUCGGUGCCGGUGCACUUCAUGUUCGGCGACAGGGACUGGAUGAACUCCACCGCACCUCAAGAACUCCUGGAGAGCGCGCGGGCGGACGGGGGGUCAGGGCAGGAGAUUACCAUCACUACCGUGCCGAAUGCGGGGCACCAGCUUUUCUUGGACAACCCUCGAGGCUUUAACGCGGAGCUCUUGCGUUUGUGCGGGGUGGACGUCGACCCCGCCGCCGCUGAUGCCGCCUACGCCGCCACUCAAGAUGCCGUGGCUCAGAUGGCGGCGGCGGCUGCCGCGGAGGAAGCCGAGGGUUGAAGGGAUGGGAAGAGUUGAACAUAGACAAGGAAGACUUACGCAGGCAUGUUCUGCUGCCGCCGUCUUGCGCUGACUGCCCCAGCCAGGUUAGUUAGCCUGUGUGUUGACAGCGGGUGCCUGUUCCGCGAGUUGCAGUAAAGCCUGCGUUGGCAGCCGUUCGCGAGUUGUUGGCAACGUCUCGAUGGUUGAAAGGUGUACAAAACGACAGGAGGAGUAGUUGCGGAGUUGAAAAUUAAGUUUGGUCGGGGAUACGUUGAACCUCGACGUCUUGCGGUCAUUUUGCAUUUUGUCGGAAUUAUUGUUCCGUGGGUACGGGGCUUCGCGGGCCUACGGUCACCCGCUAGGGCGUGGUAUGAGAGGCUUUCGCCAACUCUUUGGGCUGCACCUCGCACUUGCCUUUCAUCGGGAAGCCUGCGAUUUUGGCACAUGUGGGGCUCGUUGAAAACAGCUGUGCAUUCGCACUCGUGUGUUGUGAUCUAUUAUUGUUAGACUGUGCUGUUGGAGCAAAGAAGUAGGACGUUUACGUUUCGAUCUCGAAGUUGAAAAAUCUUGGGAACGCUCCCCUUUUUCGUCAUGUUUUCUUUCGUGUAUUGUAUUCUUGCUUUCGGGCUUCGUCCAGAUCGAAGCUGAGAUUUGAAUCAUAAUGUUGAUUAGUUUUAUUUCGGACGCAGAAGGCUGACGUGCCAAACGCGGGUCAUAUUUGCGGUUGUCGCCGGGGUGGAGGCACUUUCGGGCGAGGUUUGGAGGCUGUGAAAAGGGUCGGGCGGCCGGACGUUUGAAUACACCGAAGAGAAAACAGCCAGCAAAUUACGAUCGAUUUUUGUGUGAUUCAAACUGGUAGACAUUCGCAGAUGGUCUGCCCUUCCGUUUGUGUGUUUGCGCGUCAUCACGGCGUGGAGGGAGAAGUGAGAGUAUAUUCUGCAGCGGUCAGCAGGCAGCGUUUGCGCUUGUCCCGCUGAUGUUUUUGACGUUGGCACUAUUAUAGCUUGUUGUGAUAUCCCCUAAAAUUUGUAAGGAUGGCGCAGUCAUCACCAUUGACGUGCAUGUAUGAUAUUCUACACGAGGCCGAGGUCGUUGAUGAUUGCGCCAUGAAAACAGGGCGUGCAUGAACUAUUGGGCCAAAGGAGCUCAACACCUUUUCGGUGAGGAACGAACCCGUUAUGGAAUAUUGAAGAAUUGGUCGUUGCCGUGAAGAAAAGGAGCAUUUUUUUUCGGU